AUGCAAAAUCGACAUCCAUACGCCUACAUUCCGUUCAGUGCAGUGCUCUCGUGGUUCUUCCGACGGUAUUCAAUUAAAUCCGAAGUUGCACAUGAAGAGAACAUCCCAUUGCCGGAAAUUAUUCUUAGGCCAUCUCUGGGCUUUCCCGUUAAGAUCUCAAGGAGAUAA